UGACCACUAGAUAAGAUAAGAUAAGACGUGUGACGACAUAUAGUAUGCGCGCAUUACUACCACUCAUUUCCACCACUCAGUACUCAGUACUAGUCGUCAAACAUGCAUAGUCAUAUCACGCAACAUCUGAAAGACCAAGCUAACUUGAGGCCAUGCUACAACGCAGCCACUCGGCACGAAUUUCUUACAGCUGCUGGUACGCUGACCCUAUCUCCAGCCCGUCUUGCGUUUUGGCUCUGUCAGGAUCGCAUUUAUGCGGCACACGCAUACCCACACUUUAUUGGUCUGCUCAUAUCAAAAAUUCCCUUCGAUGGACCUGCUGUUGAGGAGGAAUUGAACAGAGAGACUCUCGCCCUGCUGACGAUAUGCUUGGAGGGGAUUAUUCGCGAGGUUGCAUUCUUUGAAGGGGUCGCAACGGAGUGGAAAUUGGAUAUCGAUGGUUGGAAAGAACGGAAGGCCACACGAGAUUACACAGCUGAGAUGGCAAGGGUGGCUUCUGUUGGUUCGUUGGAAGAGGGACUCGUGUUUCUGUGGGCAAUGGAACAGGUAUACCUCGAUGCAUGGAAGUAUGUAAAAUCCCUGUUCCCUCCCCAAAGUGACUCAGAAGACUAUACUGCAAAUGCGAUUCGCCAACUAACAAACAACUGGACGAGACCGGAGUUCGAGGAAUUUGUCCAGAAGGUGGAGGCUCUGGCAAACAAGCACUUUGCUAGACGUCACCAUGGGCAUUCACACUCAGCUGUACGUGCGAUGGAGAGUAUUUGGGAGAGAGCUGUGGAACUUGAGGAGAUGUUUUGGCCCAACCAGGGAGAGGACACCCUUUUGAGGUCGAACGCAUAAAUUCUUUGGAAAAUAAUGCCACUUGAUUGUCAUAGGAGUAUAUUGUAGGAGAGGAGCUCGUGUAUCAUAGUGGUGUCUGCCGGACCGGAAGGCCUUUUUCAGUUCGCUUGCAUGACAAGACUGCUAAUGCUAUACACCAACUAUGUUCCACAUUCCCACUGUCGCGCCAUGAAGGUCACCGACUCACCGGUUGCCAAACUACAGAGCCACUGCUAUGAUAUCUCGUCAGCUAUUCCAAUUGGUGAAUGAUGAUCAUGAUAAUGCUGCGGUAUCCAGGAGUUUCCAGGUACAAAAACAUUCUUCGAAUCCAAUCGAUUGAAUUUAUUUUGGUGAUGACAACAAACCUGUGCGAGAGCUCGUAAAAGCUAAAAAUUGAACUCCAGAAAAGUGAGAUGAAAAAAUAUCCAGGCGCGGGUCACCGCUGAUCCGGUUCGUAUUACUGAGGUGAAUCGGGCAACGACAAGCGGGCCGUGAUAAUAAAACUUUGAACC